GAUCCCCCUCGUUAAUACGAAAUGUGAACAUCGAAUAUUCCAUCGUCUACCUGGGAAGAUUCUAUGCUAUUGACUAUGACGGAGCUAAAGCACAAGUAUCAUCCUGAACUUGUCUUCGAAAGGAAAAACAAAGAUCUUAAAAAGCUACCAAAAUAUGUCCGGGUUGAAAAGCGCCCUAUUCCCCAUCCCCCUGCAGCCUCCCCUUACGCCGGCUCUAAGGUGCCGAAGAUCGUCUAUGUUUCGACUAAGACACCCUUCAUGAGCGCAGCAAAACGCGUUCAAAAACUCUUGCGAGAAGUUGAAAAGCGCGCUAUGUCCAAGAUCGACCUCCAUGAUAGCAAGACAGGCGAGAAAGCUAAGGUAACCCAGCUGAAAGAAAGUAGCCAGGCCCUGCAAAAGGAGGAGGUAUUCAUCAAAGCUACUGGUCGGGCUAUUAAAAAGGCCAUGGACAUUGGCAAAUGGUUCGGCGAGAAGGAAGGGUAUAGCAUCACUGUGAAGACAGGGACGGUCUUAGUAGUCGACGAUAUCGUUGAGGAUGAAGGCCUGAAGAAAAAGGAGCUGAGCAAGAGAGCAAAGCCGGAGCAGUUUAAGAGCAAUGUUCAAGACAAUAAUAUGGAGGUGAAUUCUUUUGCAGAAAUUGCCCGGACGGCAGGCCCAGCGCUACCCGAUGUGCACACAAUGCACACUCCAAAACAAAACGGAAAGAGGAAGAGGCUUGAUGCAGAUGACGACUUGCCUGAAUCGCGCACCCGCUGGGUUAAUGUUGUGGAAAUCGCUGUAACUUUGAAGUGAAGCCAGAACUCCAGCCCUGGCUCUCCAGCCCUGCCUUGCUCAAUUGUGAUCGGAUAGACACCUCCUUGAGACGACCGCCAUCCGCCCCCGCAUAUAUCAGCCGACCCUACCCUCUAUGGAUUUUGACCCCGUACUUCAAUUCAGCCUCCGUUGAGACAUUGUUAGUUGGGAAAGUGAAAGCAUGGGUGAAAUAUCCGUUCCAGGUUGAUAUUGGUGCCCCAGUUUUUACCAAUAUGCUUUCUUAUUUGGCGUUGGAGCCAUUUAUGCUCCCAUGGCUGCCGCAAUCUGGGACCCUGGCCAAAGGAUAUGGUACAGAAAAUACAAAUUUCCCCGGAAACAAUGUGCAGUGGCUUAUAGAAAAGACCGAUGUCGAAACGACGAGGUCUCAGUGUUUGAGCCACUCCGUACAUUAAAUUCGAAUUGUGUUUUGGUUCACCUGGUGUAAGAUAUUGAGAUUUGCUCUUCUGUGAUCAAUGCUUUCAGACGCAUUAGGUGGCCACUAUCGGAGCAAGUGUCUCAAGAAGUAUGAGGGACUGUACCAUAACCUGAGCACGGGGGCAAGA